CCAGCGUCCUGCGCUGCGGCAAAAAGAAGGUCUGGCUGGAUCCCAACGAAACCAAUGAGAUCGCCAACGCUAACUCGCGUCAGCAGAUCAGGAAAUUGAUUAAGGAUGGUCUGAUCAUCCGCAAACCUGUGACCGUUCACUCUCGUGCCCGAUGCAGGAAGAACACCCUGGCCCGCCGGAAGGGCAGGCACAUGGGCAUCGGUAAGAGAAAGGGUACGGCCAACGCUCGUAUGCCCGAGAAGGUGACCUGGAUGAGGAGGAUGCGAAUUCUGAGGCGCCUGCUCCGCAGAUACAGGGAGUCCAAGAAAAUCGACCGCCACAUGUAUCACAGCCUGUACCUGAAGGUCAAGGGUAACGUGUUCAAGAACAAGCGGAUUCUGAUGGAGCACAUCCACAAGCUCAAGGCAGAUAAAGCUCGCAAGAAGCUCUUGGCCGACCAGGCCGAAGCUCGCAGGUCCAAGACCAAGGAGGCUCGUAAGCGCCGUGAGGAACGCCUGCAAGCCAAGAAGGAGGAGAUCAUUAAGACCCUCUCCAAGGAGGAGGAAACCAAGAAGUAAAUGCUGGCGGUCUGGUGUACAUAGUGUUUUCCAUCCACGAGCGUUCAAUAAAACA